AUGGGAAAAAUAACAAAAAAAGAUACCAACAAUACUCAACCGAAUGAUCAAAACAAAAAGAAAAGAAAAGGGAGACCGCCAAAAACGAAGUAUGUUCGACAAACUGACAGUUCUGAAGAUAUUGGUCUUCCUUCAACACGACCAAGAGUUGUUUCUAUACGACGAAAUGAAAUUCCAAUGCGUCCGGAAAUCCAUAUUUCUCCAACAUCGAUUCCUUCAUCAAACCACCCUUCACGUAAUUUACAUCAAUCAGAGCAGAUGCCAUUACCAAAUGAUCAGGCACUUUCUACAUCAGCCACAACCAGCUCAAAGAUUACGAUUACAAUGACAAGCGUCACCACCAACAAUACGGUACGUUCCAAUACAACUACGUAUGUCACAACUGAAAUUUUACCUGUUGCAUCGGGAUCAUAA